GCGGGCGGGCGGGAGCAUUGGCGCGCGCCGGCGGCCCCGGCCCCGCGGGAGCGCGGCUGCGACGCGCGGAGCCGGGACGACGGGUAGGCGGACGGCCGCCUUCCUUGCGUCCCUGCCUCGCGCGGGCCGUCAUCCCCGGGGAUGUGAGGGGCACCGCGAGGCCGGCGGGGCCUGGAGCGGCGCGAGGCGAGUCUCAGACGCCUCACCCUGUGGGGAGCUGCCCUGCGUGAAGCAGCACCGCUGCAGGUGUGUUACUUGUGCUUUCUGUCUCGGCCGAGAGAGGACCCAGGUGGGGUCAGGACCCACAAGCCAGCGCUGAGAUUUGAUGGUGUCUGUGGAAGCCAGCAUGAAGCUGAAAAAGCAGGUGACCGUGUGUGGGGCGGCUGUCUUCUGCGUGGCUGUCUUCUCGCUCUACCUCAUGCUGGACCGAGUGCAGCAUGACCCUGCCCGGCACCAGAGUGGCGGGAACUUCCCCCGGAGCCAAAUUUCUGUGCUGCAGAAUCGCAUCCAGCAGCUGGAGCAGCUGUUGGAGGAGAACCACGAGAUCAUCAGCCACAUCAAGGAGUCCGUGCUGGAGCUGACCGCCAACGCCGAGGGCCCGCCCGCCCUGCUGCCCUACUACACGGCCAAUGGCUCCUGGGUGGUGCCGCCGGAGCCCCGGCCCAGCUUCUUCUCCGUCUCCCCCCAGGACUGCCAGUUUGCUCUGGGGGGCCGGGGCCAGAAGCCAGAACUGCAGAUGCUGACUGUGUCGGAGGAGCUGCCUUUCGACAACGUGGACGGCGGGGUGUGGAAGCAAGGCUUUGACAUCUCCUACGGCCCGCAUGACUGGGACGCCGAGGACCUGCAGGUGUUUGUGGUGCCACACUCUCACAACGACCCAGGCUGGAUCAAGACCUUUGACAAGUACUACUCGGAGCAGACCCAACACAUCCUCAACAGCAUGGUGUCCAAGCUGCAGGAGGACCCCCGGCGGCGCUUCCUCUGGGCCGAAGUCUCCUUCUUUGCCAAGUGGUGGGACAACAUCAACGCCCAGAAGAGAGCAGCGGUCCGGAGGCUGGUGGGAAAUGGGCAGCUGGAGAUUGUGACGGGAGGCUGGGUGAUGCCCGAUGAGGCCAACUCCCACUAUUUUGCGCUGAUCGACCAGCUCAUCGAGGGACACCAGUGGCUGGAGAGAAACCUCGGUGCAGCCCCGCGCUCCGGCUGGGCGGUGGACCCCUUCGGGCACAGCCCCACCAUGGCUUACCUGCUGCGCCGGGCCAACCUGACCAGCAUGCUGAUUCAGAGGGUGCAUUAUGCCAUCAAGAAGCACUUUGCCGCCACCCACAGCCUGGAGUUCAUGUGGAGGCAGACCUGGGACUCGGACUCCACCACAGACAUUUUCUGCCACAUGAUGCCCUUCUACAGCUACGAUGUGCCCCAUACCUGUGGCCCGGACCCCAAGAUCUGCUGCCAGUUUGACUUCAAACGCUUGCCCGGCGGGCGCAUCAACUGCCCUUGGAAGGUGCCCCCCCGAGCCAUCACGGAGGCCAACGUGGCCGAGAGGGCAGCCCUGCUCCUCGACCAGUACCGCAAGAAGUCUCGGCUCUUCCGGAGCAACGUCCUGCUGGUGCCGCUGGGCGACGACUUCCGCUACGACAAGCCCCAGGAAUGGGACGCCCAGUUCUUCAACUACCAGCGGCUCUUCGACUUCCUCAACAGCAAGCCUGACUUCCACGUGCAGGCCCAGUUUGGCACCCUCUCAGACUACUUUGACGCGCUGUAUAAGAGGACGGGGGUGGAGCCAGGGGCCCAGCCCCCGGGGUUUCCUGUGCUGAGUGGAGAUUUCUUCUCCUACGCGGACCGGGAGGACCAUUACUGGACAGGCUAUUACACCUCCCGACCAUUCUACAAGAGUUUGGACCGCGUCCUGGAAGCCCACCUGCGCGGGGCGGAGGUUCUGUACAGCCUGGCUGUCGCUCACGCCCGCCGCUCCGGACUGGCCAGCCAGUACCCGCUCUCGAACUUGGCCCUUCUGACAGAAGCCCGGCGCACCCUGGGGCUCUUCCAGCACCACGAUGCCAUCACUGGCACUGCCAAGGAGGCCGUCGUGGCGGACUAUGGCGUCAGGCUGCUACGCUCCCUUGUCAACCUGAAGCAGGUCAUCAUUAACGCAGCUCACUAUCUUGUGCUGGGCGACAAGGAGACCUACCACUACGACCCUGCGGCACCCUUCCUCCAAAUGGAUGACAGCCGCUUAAAUCACGACGCCCUGCCAGAGCGCACAGUGGUGCAGCUGGACGCCUCACCCAGGUAUGUGGUGCUCUUCAACCCGCUGGAGCAGGAGCGGCUCAGCGUGGCGUCCCUGCUGGUUAGCUCGCCCCACGUGCGUGUGUUUUCAGAGGAGGGUCAGCCCCUGGCCGUGCAGGUCAGCGCCCACUGGGGCUCCGCCACUGACAUGGUCCCUGACGUUUACCAGGUGUCGGUGCCUGUCCGCCUGCCGGCGCUGGGCCUCGGCGUGCUGCAGCUGCAGCUGGGCCUGGAUGGGCACCGCACCCUGCCCUCCUCCACCCGCGUCUACCUGCACGGCCGGCGGCUGGCUGUCAGCAGGCACGAGGCAUUCCCUCUACGCGUCAUUGACUCCGGCACCGGUGACUUUGCCAUCAGCAACCGCUACAUGAAGGUCUGGUUCUCAGGCCUUAGCGGGCUCCUCAAGAGCAUCCGAAGGGUGGAUGAGGAGCAGGAGCAGCGCGUGAACAUGGAGUUCCUCGUCUACGGCACUCGCGCAUCCAAAGACAAGAGCGGAGCCUACCUCUUCCUGCCUGACGGCGAGGCCCAGCCCUACGUCCCCAGGGACCCCCCCGUGCUGCGUGUCACGGAAGGCCCCUUCUUCUCCGAGGUGGCAGCAUACUACGAGCACGUGCACCAGGUGGUCCGGCUGUACAACCUGCCAGGGGUGGAGGGGCUUUCUCUGGACAUGUCGUCCCUGGUGGACAUCCGGGACUACGUCAACAAGGAGCUGGCCCUGCGCAUCCACACAGACAUCGGCAGCCAGGGCACCUUCUUCACAGACCUCAACGGCUUUCAGGUGCAGCCCCGGCGGUACCUGAAGAAGCUGCCCCUGCAGGCCAACUUCUACCCCAUGCCGGUCAUGGCCUACAUCCAGGACACCCAGAACCGCCUCACGCUGCACACAGCCCAGGCCCUGGGCGUCUCCAGCCUCCGAGAUGGCCAGCUGGAGGUGAUCUUGGACCGGCGGCUCAUGCAGGACGACAACCGAGGCCUGGGCCAAGGGCUCAAGGACAACAAGAGGACCUGCAACCGCUUCCGCCUCCUGUUGGAACGGCGCACCCUGGGCAGUGAGGUCCCAGACGCCCACUCGUCCAGCUACCCGUCCCUCCUCAGCCACCUGACCUCCAUGUACCUGAAUGCCCCAGCGCUUGCCCUGCCCAUGGCCAAGAGGCAGCCUGCAGCCCCCAGUCUGCGCUCAUUUCACCCUCUGGCCGCCUCCCUGCCCUGUGAUUUCCACCUGCUCAACCUGCGCACGCUCCAAGCCGAGGAUGAUGCCUUGCCCUCGGCAGAAGCCGCGCUCAUCUUACACCGCAAAGGUUUCGACUGUGGCCUCGAGGCCAAGAACCUGGGCUUCAACUGCACCACAAGCCAAGGCAAGGUGGCCCUGGGGAGCCUCUUCCACGGCCUGGACGUGAGUUUCCUGCAGCCGAUGUCCUUGACUUUACUGUACCCGCUAGCCUCGCCCUCCAACAGCACCGACAUCUACUUGGAGCCCAUGGAAGUCGCCACCUUCCGCCUCCGCCUGGGCUAGGGCUUCCUGUGGCCUGGAGAGCAAGUUCGUCCACAGAGACCGCCUCUAACACAAGGUCGGGCUGGACGAGCCACGCAGGGUGUCUCCUGCCCCGAUCUACCUCUCAGAACUCCGACAGACUGGGCUCGGCCCUCACUUCCUGGUUGUGGCUGCUUCUGUGUUUAGGGGCAUCCCGUGGCUCAGUGUUGGGUAGCCAGGGUCAACGCUGGCGAGAUCAGGGAGACCCGGCCCUUGGUUGGAGCGGACAGGGCCAGCCUCGGCUUGGGGUGCGAGCGGCCGCUCCGUUGGGCACAGGCCCAAGCACCCAUCUUUUCUCCAGAGUGGGAUGUCGGAGAAGCAGGAGGGGUAGGGGAGGCUGAGGGGGUAUGGUCUGGCCUCAGAGUUGGUGGGUGACGGAGGAUCCUGUGGUUGUGUAGGGACUCCCUGUCCCAGCGUGGUGGGCAGGGGGGGAUGGGGGCCCAGAGCCCAUCAGGCGUUGCAGUGCAGCGGGAGGAGUCACUAGACACUGUCAUGGCCAGAGGUCGCAGGACUCUUCAGGUACAAAUCCUGUCUCGGACUGGG